AGAGAGCACUCGAGGAGCACUUCACACUUUCUAACCUGACGAAUGGUGUCUUCCAUGGAUUCCUUGUUUGUUAAGGUACAACAUACGUCCCUGCCGAAAUCCCUGCGUCCCACCUCUCCACCACCAGACAAUGUCCCAAAGCAUAAGCACAUCAAGGAUCUCAAGCUAAGAACCAAAUUAAACCGCCAGGCAGUUCAUGUUGCGCGGUCAAAAGCACUCGUCGAAGAUGCUGAGCUGUUAUUGGCGAGCGAGGCAGGGAAAAUGCAGGUGGAGAACGAGCUAGAACGAACGUGGAGAAUAGGUCAAGAUGACAUUGUGCAAGGUGCUGGUCAGGAGGCUGCCAAGGGACGACGGGAGCUGAAGUUGGAUGGUGGUCCAUAUCGCUCGAGAUACUCAAGGAAUGGCAGACAUCUUGCUAUUGUCGGCAGCAUGGGUCAUGUCGCGACUUUUGACUGGCAAACAGGAACCAUGCAUGCUGAGCUUCAGCUGCAGGAAACAUGUCGUGAUAUCACUCGCCCAAAAAAAUAUGUAUUUAUAUACGACCGUGAUGGUGUCGAACUACACCGAUUGAAAGCUCACAUCGAACCUACGCGACUAGAAUUUCUUCCAUAUCACUGGUUGCUCGCUAGUGUGGGAAAUACCGGAUUUCUAAAAUAUCAAGAUACUUCCACAGGUCACAUCGUUGCAGAGCAUCGAACCAAGCUUGGCGCAUGUAAUACACUAGCGCAAAAUAAACACAACGCAGUGUUACACCUCGGUCACUCUAAUGGCGUUGUCAGCCUCUGGACGCCAAACCUGCCCCAUCCUGCUGUACAAAUAUUAGCACAUCUCGAUCCAGUUGUGGGUCUGAGCGUCGAUCAGAGCUCCGGUGGGCGUUAUAUGGCAACGUUAGGCCAGGAUGGUGUUGUAAAGGUCUGGGACUGUCGGAAUUGGAAGGGCACUGUGCGGGAGUGGACGACAAGAGGUGGCGGCGCAGAGCUAGAAUGGAGUGCAAGGGGCGCGUUAGGCGUGGCAGUAGGUGGAAGUGUCAACGUUUACACAAAACCGUCAAUACAGACCCCGCAUGCGGCAAAAGCUCCGCCACCACUUUACCUCACUCACCCAAUACCACAUCGACCGCUUACUUCGGUACGAUUUUGCCCCUUCCAGGAUAUCCUUACGAUUGGACACAAUGCCGGUCUGUCGAGCAUUCUCGUGCCUGGUAUUCAACCGGAUAUGAUCGCACUGGACCUCGAUUUUGUCGGAUCCCUCGCUCCGACGACAAAAUUAACGACUGCUGUCAACGACACGCAUGACGUUCCCUUCGGUCGUCUCCCUCGCCUCGAAAGACUACGCAUCCAGGGUAAAGCGGAUGAAACGGAGCUUGUUGAUGAUGACGAGGACGCCGCAGAAGGCGAAGGGGACAAGAAUGACAAACCGCAGUCACGAGCGGAGAAGGAGAAGCGGAAAAUGCGCGGCAAGGGCAAGAGUGUCAAAAGAUAUCUCCGGAAGCAGCGCAAGAACGUCAUCGAUCCCACUGCGCAACGGGAGGAAAAGCGCGUAGCGAAGGCUAUCGAGAAGGGUCAGAUGGAGGCGCGUCAACCAUCGGCGCUUGAUCGAUUUAGACGACCGUGAUGCCAUUUGGUCCUUGGAGCAAUAUACAUAUGUAGUCCAUUGGAGGGCUU